AUGGACGAAGAAGAGAGACCAAGGAAACUUGCGAAGCUUGAGCAUGAUGACCAAGCUAUCAACGAUAAACUUGGCCCCGCAAUGACUGGUGCUGUGGCAGCUGCCGACGAGCCGUCGCAAACCGUCGCGCCUACGAACGAUAAUGUACCAUCAGAAAAAGCAGAGCUCCCCAAAUCCGACAAUUCGAUUCCCACCAGUGACUCUGCGCUACCUGAGGGUGUAGCCACCCAGAACGCCCCUCCACCGCUCUCGAAGAACCAGCUCAGGAAACUCAGGAAGAGAGAGCAAUGGGAGGCAGGACGCGAGCAGCGCAAGGAAAAGCGGAGGGAACAAAUGGCAAAGAAAAAGGAACGUCGCCAGCUUAUGGUCGACCAAGCGAGGGAGACUGGUGGCGAGGAAGCUGUUAAGGCUCUGCGCAAGCAAUGGGAGACGACUCGGUCCAAGUCUCGGCGGUCGACUCUGCUGCCCGUUUCGAUUGUGAUUGACUGCGGCUAUGACGAGUUGAUGAACCCUCACGAGCGCAUUUCGCUCGCAGGUCAACUCACACGGUCGUACUCGGAGAACACCCGUGCCAUUUGGCGCUCAAAUCUGAUGUUCAGCUCAUUCGAUAAACAACUGAAGGAGCGAUUCGACAAAGUGCUCGCGCCCUAUCGCAACUGGAAGGGCAUUCGAAUCAUUCAAGAAGACUUCGUGCAUGCUUCCGAGAUUCUCAAGGAACAAAUGGCAUCUCCCAAGGGCGGGAAAUUGGUUGGACCCUUUGCCGAAAAGACCGAUGCUAAGCCGGAAGAUGGCGAGGUUAUCUACCUCAGCAGCGACAGUGAUAAUAUUUUGACGGAGCUGAAGCCCUACUGCACUUAUAUCAUUGGCGGCCUCGUGGAUAAGAACCGCUACAAGGCAGUUUGCUACAAGUCUGCUGUUGCAAAGGGAAUCAAAACUGCCAAGCUGCCCAUUGGGGACUAUAUCCAGAUGUCCUCUCGUCAGGUGCUGACCACCAACCACGUGGUCGAUAUUAUGCUGAAGUGGCUGGAACUGGGCGAUUGGGGAGAAGCUUUCAUGAAAGUCCUUCCGCCCAGAAAGGGCGGCAAGUUGCGGGAGCAGCAGGGCGAUGAGGCUGCGGAGGAGGUCUCAGACGAUGAGCCUGAGCCAACUCUGGAGGAGAUUGCAAAUGAGAUGGAGGCUGAACAAGAAGAUGAUCAUGAUGAUGAAGGAGAUGCAUGA